UUCCAAUAACAAUACCCUAUUUUCUCUUUACCAAUCCAACACCAUGUGCUUUUUUAUAUUCUAAACAUGUUUUCGUCACUCCUCACUUUGCUCAUUUACACUCCUUUGCGUGUCACUUUGAGCUUCCUGGCUCCAACCACAGCACAAACUUCUGUUCCAAGUGACUCCAUGGAUAUCAAAGGUUGGCGCAAUUCCGGCAAGAGAGAAAUCCAUCUGGGAAGUUGUCACCAUGAGAUUGAGCAUGUGCACUCGCUAGCACCCAAGUUGCGGUGGAAGUUAUUGUGGAUGAAGAUCAAGAAAGAAAAAAAGAGGCUUUUUCAGUCUGCAUCGUUUCAGGUCCCUUAUGACCAACACACUUACUCUCAGAAUUUCGAUCAAGGCACUGCGCUUUAUGAACCUGAUAAUCUCUCUAGAUCUUUCUCUGUUCGCUUUGCCGAUCCUUCUAUCGUACUUGUAACAAGAAAAGGCUAGUUGAUGACCAAGGCUUUGAGACAUUAUGUCUGUAAUCUGUCUAUUAUCUUUUACUUUUUCAGUGGUUAAUUUCUUCAUUGUAAUUACAUUAUAGUUAUGUGUAAUGAAAUUUCUCCAUCAAGAAGUAAAGAAUAUAUCUGCCACUCUCGUGUUCUUACAACUUGAG